AUUGAUGCUGGCGGUCACGAGCUGGUCACGAGCUGGUCACGAGCUCUCGAGCAUGUGCUUGCCAUGACGUCAUCAAUUACUUUGCCGCGCCCCAGGAUUGUCCCCACGAUUCUUCCAACCCCAGCCAUUGCGUCUUCUCAUGGCUAUCUGACAGACACAAUGUCUAUCCAUCAUCAUCAAAAUGCCGAUCAAACGUGCCAAAAAGAACCCAUCGGCGGAACAGAAGCCCCCGUCGCCUCCACUGUCCGAGAAGAAUGUCGCGACAGAGGUGCCUAGUGCGGAAUAUGUGACCCACGAGGAAUCAAUGCCUCCCUGGCUGUUGGAUGAAGAUGAAGAAAUGCCCGAAGAGACAGAAAAUACAGUUGCUCCUGAUACCGCCCCAAAGCCAGCUGAAUACGCAGUAGGAGGGGGAGGGUACAACGCGCUCAAGUCGUACAAAGGCCAGAUGUACUCGGGCAUGGCGGUAGGAGGAUCACACACCUGGAGGUACGACCAAGGGACGUGGAAGGAGACCAAAGAGGAACCAGAUCUCUGGCGGAUCGAUUACCAGACGAACAAACGACGAGCGAGGAACGCGCCCGCGGGGAGUGGUGCCCCCGUGGGCACUGAAUACCAUUGGCUCAUUGUCGGCCAUCAGCAUGUCAAGAAGAUCGAUGCCAACACAUACGAGACACAUCUGACGGGUUCCAAGUACAAACUGGCGUACAAGUCCGCUUCGUCCAACUCGUGGUCGCUGCCAACUGUCAAGAAACAACGGGAUCGGGAGGUGGAAUUGUUGGAGGAUGCCAAACAGCGGGUCCAGGGACUGCCGCCGGUGCUGGGGUCGGAGAAGAUCAAGGUGGAGAAACAUGAAAAGGGACAGAAGAAGCUGGACAGUAUGUUUGGCAAGAAACGAAAAGCGGAUGAGCAUGCUGCCUGAUGCUGGACCGUAGCUGUUCGGAGUGCACAGCAGUUCCAACCAUGGCCUUAAUAAUCGGGUAUAUCUUGCAGAUGCAGCAAUAUGGCCAACUCUAUUUCUCUUCCUACAGACUAUAAGAUAACAUGGAGCAUGCAGUCAA